AUGUAUCGAUCUUUACAAGAACAAGUCUAUUAUGAAGGUCCAGUUGAACUCAGAUUUGCAGAAGCCAAGCCGCAACUACGGGCCAUGCCAAUCUCAAGUCGGACCGAUAACCCAAAGUUGGUGAUCCGACCAGCGACCGCAGAUUUUGUGAUGGUCAAUCCUUGUUACAAGCUCAUUGAUGACAGCUAAGAACGGUGACCUGGAGUGGAAAAGUUUCAAAACUCACUGUAUCGGAUCUUAAUCAACCAACCAUGCAACUCCUGCUGGUUCCGAUUGACAUCCUAGGAUAACCCAGGAUCCAUUGGACUCACUCAUCAAUGAUAAAUAAAUCCAGGCUUGAUGUUGAACCUCG